AUGAAGAAAAGCUUUAGACGAGGUGGAAAUGAAAGCAACUCCGCUGCGGAGCGGUUAGCUGAUUACAGAGGAAACGGCCGUGGUCUAGGCAGUUCGCCUGGUAAAACCGAAGAUUCAUCGGAUUCAUCAAAAAUGGAAUUGGGCAACGAAGUAUUGGAUACCGCAGAGAGUUCUUUCUUCGGUGUUAGUAGAGAUAAAGAUAUGAAAAAAUUAUCAUCGGGAUGUAUUGGUGUUGAAAAUACACGCCCAUCAAAAGUAGUUACUGUAAAACAUCCAGAAUCCAAAAAGCCAAAGCCUACGAUUAAGAAAAACAAGCCUGUUCAAUCAGAUUUAGAUGUGUCUAAAGUAUUUUUACGGUGUAAAGAUGAUUUAGUCUCUAGAUUAGACUUGAGCAAAUCAAGUAUUACUCAGCUUCCUUCUUCCGUUCGAGAUCUAACUCAUCUUGAAGAAUUCUACUUGUAUGGAAAUAAACUUUAUUCACUUCCUUCUGAAAUUGGUUGUCUGGUAAAUUUACAAACGUUGGCUUUAAGUGAAAAUUCAUUGACAUCAUUACCUGAAUCAUUGGUAUCACUAAAAUCAUUGAAAGUUUUAGAUUUACGUCAUAAUAAAUUGAAUGAAAUACCUGAAGUAGUUUACAAGUUGACUACUCUUACUACCCUAUUUUUAAGAUUUAAUCGCAUUCGGGUUGUAGAUGAUGAUAUACGAAACUUGUCAAAUUUAACAAUGCUUUCUUUAAGAGAAAAUAAAAUCAAAGAAUUGCCUCCUGGAAUAGGAUGCUUGAUAAACUUAACUACUUUUGAUGUAAGUCACAAUCAGCUGGAACAUUUACCCAUUGAAAUUGGUCAAUGCGUCCAACUGUCAACCUUAGAUUUGCAGCACAAUGAACUUCUUGAUAUACCUGAAACAAUAGGCAAUCUUCAGUUGUUGACAAGGUUAGGCUUAAGAUACAACAGAUUAGUUACAGUGCCAAAAUCAUUGUGCAAUUGUAGUCGCAUGGAUGAGUUUAAUGUAGAAGGAAAUUCGAUAUCCAAUUUACCUGAAGGUUUAUUAGCUAGUUUGAGUGAUUUAACGGCAAUAACCAUUUCGAGAAACAAUAUGACAUCAUACCCAUCGGGCGGUCCUGCACAAUUUACAAAUGUUCACUCGAUUAAUUUAGAGCACAAUUUAAUUGACAAAAUACCUUAUGGCAUAUUUACAAGGGCGAAAAAUUUAGCAAAAUUAAACAUGAAAGAAAACCAGUUGACUUCAUUGCCCCUUGACAUAGGCACGUGGACGAAUAUGGUCGAAUUAAAUUUGGCGACAAAUAAGCUAACUAAAAUUCCAGAAGAUAUACAGUGUUUAGAAAGUUUAGAAGUAUUAAUAUUGUCUAAUAAUAUGUUGAAAAGAAUUCCAGCUGGAAUGGGUAAUUUAAGAAAGUUGAGAAUUUUAGAUUUAGAAGAGAAUAGAAUUGAAGUGUUACCGAAUGAAAUUGGAUUUUUAAGGGAUUUAACAAAAUUGAUAAUUCACAGUAAUCAGAUAAGUGUAUUACCCAGAGCCAUUGGUCAUUUGUCUAGUUUAGUUUAUUUAAGCGUGGGAGAUAAUAAUUUGACAAGUUUGCCAGAAGAAAUUGGUACUUUGGAAAAGCUUGAAUCAUUGUAUGUGAACGAUAAUCUGAAUUUGCAUCAUUUACCAUUUGAAUUAGCAUUAUGUAAAAACUUACAUAUAAUGUCAAUUGAAAAUUGUCCUUUAUCUCAAAUUCCUGCGGAAAUAGUUCAGGGAGGUCCUUCCUUAGUUAUACAUUAUCUAAAAAUGCAAGGUCCGUAUAGGUCAAUAUCAACUGCAUCAUAA